GCGGCACGGAGGGGCCGGUCACCCCGCAGCCCGGCCCCGGCCUCCGCCGUUCGUCGUCGCGCCCCGCCCGCGCGCUCGCCGCCGCACGUCUCUCGCCGGCGGCCACCAUGAGCACAGGCCUGCGGUACAAGAGCAAGCUGGCGACCCCAGAGGAUAAGCAGGACAUCGACAAGCAGUACGUGGGCUUUGCCACACUGCCCAACCAGGUGCACCGAAAGUCGGUGAAGAAGGGCUUCGACUUCACACUCAUGGUGGCUGGUGAGUCGGGCCUGGGGAAAUCCACACUGGUCCACAGCCUCUUCCUGACUGACUUGUAUAAGGAUCGGAAGCUGCUCAGUGCCGAGGAGCGCAUCACCCAGACGGUAGAGAUCCUGAAGCACACGGUGGACAUCGAGGAGAAGGGCGUCAAGCUGAAGCUCACCAUCGUGGACACGCCGGGUUUUGGGGAUGCAGUCAACAACUCCGAGUGCUGGAAGCCCAUCACUGACUAUGUGGACCAGCAGUUUGAGCAGUACUUCCGCGAUGAAAGCGGCCUCAACCGCAAGAACAUCCAAGACAACCGUGUGCACUGCUGCCUGUACUUCAUCUCCCCCUUUGGGCAUGGGCUGCGGCCGGUGGACGUGGGUUUCAUGAAGGCAUUGCACGAGAAGGUGAACAUCGUGCCUCUCAUCGCCAAAGCUGACUGUCUCAUCCCCAGUGAGAUCCGGAAGCUGAAGGAGCGGAUCCGCGAGGAGAUUGACAAGUUCGGGAUCCAUGUGUACCAGUUCCCCGAGUGUGACUCUGAUGAGGAUGAGGACUUCAAGCAGCAGGACCGGGAACUGAAGGAGAGCGCGCCCUUCGCCGUCAUAGGCAGCAACACGGUGGUGGAGGCCAAGGGGCAGCGGGUCCGGGGGCGACUGUACCCCUGGGGGAUCGUGGAAGUGGAGAACCAGGCGCACUGCGACUUCGUGAAGCUGCGCAACAUGCUCAUCCGCACGCACAUGCACGACCUCAAGGACGUGACGUGCGAUGUGCACUACGAGAACUACCGUGCACACUGCAUCCAGCAGAUGACCAGCAAACUGACCCAGGACAGCCGCAUGGAGAGCCCCAUCCCCAUCCUGCCACUGCCCACUCCAGACGCGGAGACUGAGAAGCUCAUCAGGAUGAAGGAUGAGGAGCUGAGGCGCAUGCAGGAAAUGCUGCAGAAGAUGAAGCAGCAAAUGCAGGACCAGUGACCCCACCCCAGCC